GUUCUAAGGCGCUAGGGUUUAAAUCCCACAAAUUGUAAAAGAUGUUCCUUCUCAAAUACAAGAAUGGAAAAACAAUUGUAUUUCCAAAUAAAUAAAAUAGCCAAAAACUAAAAUACAAGCCUUUAAAUUCAAGUGGUAUCCAUAAUGUACUCAAGAAACCAAAAAAUGCUAGCAUGCAUCAACCACCUCACAACCCAACCCUUAUGGCUUCUUAUUGUCUCAUUUCUUGGAUUUCUGUCUCUCUUCAACUACUCAUUCACUCUUCUGAAUUGGGUCUACAAAACAGUUCUCAGACAACCAAAGAAUCUAAAAGAAAAUUAUGGCUCAUGGGCACUCAUUACAGGAGCAACAGAUGGUAUAGGCAAAGCCUUUGCUUUUCAACUAGCAAAACAAGGUCUAAACCUAAUACUAGUCAGCAGAAACCUAAACAAGCUGAAAACUGUCUCAAGUGAAAUUCAAGAAGAGUUUCCAAGUACCAAGAUCAAGAUAAUGAAUCUUGAUUUUUCAAGUGAAGAUUCCAGUGGGUUAGUUCAUGUGAUAGAGGAGGCCAUAAAAGGGGUAGAUGUUGGCGUGUUGAUAAACAAUGUUGGUAUUACUUAUCCUCAAGCAAGAUUCUUUGAUGAAGUGGAUGAGAGUACUUGGAUGAGUGUAGUAAAAGUAAACGUGAAAGGAACUACUAGGGUUACAGAAGCAGUUUUGUCUGGAAUGAUAGAAAGAAGAAGAGGUGCCAUUGUCAAUAUUGGAUCAGGAGCUUCCAUUGUUGUUCCUUCACAUCCUCUCUACACUAUCUAUGCUGCUACAAAAGCCUACAUCGAUCAGUUAUCAAGAUGUUUGUACGUAGAAUAUAGAAGCUGCGGGAUUGAUGUGCAAUGCCAGGUACCAUUAUAUGUUGCAACAAACAUGACAUCAAGAGUAGCAUUGAUAGAAAAAUCAUCUUUGUUUAUACCAUCGCCUCAAGCUUAUGCAGAAGCUGCAAUCCGUUGCAUAGGCUAUGAAGCAAGGUGCACUCCUUACUGGGCUCACUCGCUUCAAUGGUUCUUCGUCCGGCUGCUUCCGGAGGCCGUUCUUGAUUCUUGGCGCCUCUCCAUAGGUAUCCACAGGAGGGGAAACAUCAUCAUCUCAAGUACUUCGGCUGGCGUUCAUGGCAAUGACAGAGAGUAGUCUAGGAUUAAGUUACUGGUUGGGGUAUUUAAAUACCCAUUGCCUGAACUCGCUUAUAUAUAUAUUUAGCAUAAAUAAAUACUUUGUUAAUGUUAGUAUAUAGUUUUCUAAUAUUUUAAAAUUUCAUUAUUUC